AUGGCAACAGUUGCGUACUUCGCAGACUACGAUGCAAAUUUAACUUUCGAAAAUUGUCCAGAUUCAGGAUAUCACGAAGGAGAUUACAUCCAAUUAAGACUCACUCCAGCACUUUUCUCUUCGCUUGUUAUGCCUUUUGUAUAUCUUUCGAUGAGAUUUAUGAAUUUCUCCAAAUUAGCCGCGAUAGCCGCAUCUGUGCUCUACAUGUGCGACACUUCAUUGAUUACAGAAGCACGCCACAUUCUUAGUGAUGGCGUUUUAUUGUUCUUUUCCUACCUUCAUGUUUUAAUUUUGUCGUAUACUAUUUCUAUUCCAGUUUCAGAUCUUUCAUUCUUCAAAUGGCAUAUCAUUAAUGGUAUUUCACUGGGUGCAGCCUGUUCUUGCAAGAAUACAGCCUGGGGAUUGAUGGGAUUUGAUGGAGCCAUGUACAUUUGCAAGCUAUUUCCAUCAUAUAAGAUCGGCUUAUUAGAUUACCUAUUCGAUAUUGGCUUUUACGGCGUUACUUUAUUUUUAAUUCAAUUUUGUGUUUAUCUUUCAUCUUUCUUCAUCCAUUUUGCUGUUCUCGUAUACGAUGGCCCUGGAAAAGGCUAUCUCCCUCAAGAUAUGCAAGAACAGCUUGUCAUAGGCGGAGUUUAUGGCUUAAAAUCAGUUUUAAUUUCAGGAAGAAAUCUGUUGAAGAGAACUUUAUGGCUGGCCAAAGAUAUGCACAAAGGCAAUAUGGGAAUCACACAAUUCCAUGAUUCUAUGUCUUAUCCCCAUCAUUGGCCAAUUUUAGGUUCUGUUGCAGUAUAUUUUUAUGGAAUGGACCAGAGAGAGAUUCGGUGUCUCGGAAAUGUUUUCUCAUAUUAUUUUGCUUUGUUUGGUAUUGUUUGUUGUUUAUUUGCUUUCAGAAAAGAGAAAAAAUUAAUUUCACUUUUACUCGCUUUCGGAUAUAGCUGCUGCUACUUCCCAUUUUACCUUAUUCCUCGUGUUAUGUAUUUAUACCAUUACUUAAUUCCUCUUGGAAUUGCUUGUAUGGGAUUUGGUGCUUUUGUCGACAAUUUUUGCAAGGGAAAGUGGAAAGGAAUUGUUGUAGUUGUUGUUUGUAUCUUAGCAAUAAUAGGAUUUUGGCUUUGGUCGCCUUAUAUUUAUGCAACUCCAAUGAGAGAUAAAGAAAUCUCUAUUUGGAAUGAAAAUUGGAUAGAAGGUGAUCAGGCUCAUAGAAGGAGAAGAUCAGAACAUUAUGCCAAAAAGAAAUAA